GUUCUAGACUUUUAUUUAUGACCAGCCAAUUUUGGCAUUUUCCUGAGCAUUUGUUCUUGGGGAAGAGUGAAAUAAUAGGCUUUCCAAGUGUGGUAUACAGAGGUUACAGUGGGCAGGCUGGAGAUGGAUAUUCACCCUAAAGAUGGUCUUAAUAUCUUGAAUACCUCUGCUUUAGUGAUUGUACUAGAGGGGAACAUCCCAAGGCAAUAUCUCAGAGCAUCACUCUAAGGACAUACGCACCAGGAGGAAAAAUGACCAAAUGUCAUCCAGUAUUCUGCUCGCUUUUGUUCUUCAUCCUGAUACAUGGGGCAUUACCUUCUGCUAUGGUUUACCAGGUAUUACAUUCUGCAACUAUUUUCAUUUAUGUCUUGGUUUUAGAACCUCGACACUGGUGGCCACCACAUGGAGCUGUUAAGGUGAAAUGUCCAUAUAAGAAAGUAAACUUGAGUUGGUUCACUGGAACAGUGAACCCCUGCCCUGGUUUAUAUCAACCCAUCUGUGGCACUAAUUUUGUAACCUAUGAAAACCCCUGUAUCUUGUGUGUCGAGAGCAUGAAAUCUCAUGGGAAGAUUAGGUUUCAAAAUGAUGGAAAAUGCUAGCUGAGUGAACUUGGAUGUCAAAGAAGAUAUCUUUUUUUCUCUAUCAUGACAACCCUUCCUUGCAUUUGAUAGUGACAGAGACCUGCCCCUGCCGUGCUUGUAUCAGAUAACUAAAGGUCCCUUCCUUAGACUUCUUUCCUCAUUGAUGAACAGC